UCACCAUCCAUCUCUCUCUUUCUUUCAUCCUCUUUCUUUCUGUCUUUCUCUGUAUCUUUUCCUCUUUGGAUAUGGUUCCUUGAUCAGUCAAUGAUAAAGGCUGGAGGAAAGAUAAUGGAGUAGUCCGUCUUUUUUUCAGAUGGGAUCCCUCUUUUCUACACAUUUAAAGGAUAUUUCUUGGAUUUUUUGCAAUUUUGCAGAUGUUUUGGGGAAUUGGAAUUCUUCUCUUCUUUUCUGGACAUUUAUCUUAAUUUGGACAAGGAGAAGUGUGUGUUUGUGAGAGUGUAUGAGUGAGUGUGUAUGGUUGCUGUGGGGACGUGGCUGAUGUUUGAUAAUGGCUCAUGCGGCAUCUCAGAUUAAGAAGAAUAAAGAUGUGGAUAUUAAUGCACUGGAGGAUGAGAAGGAGAAAAAGAAGAAGAGCAGGAAACCCCCACGGGAUCAAAAGAAAAAGUCGGACAGCAAUGCUAGUUACCUGCGUGCAGCGAGGGCAGGGAACCUUGAGAAGGUACUCGACUACCUGAAGACUGGUGUCGACAUAAACAUCUGUAAUCAGAAUGGGUUGAAUGCAUUGCACUUGGCAUCAAAAGAGGGGCAUGUGGAGGUGGUGGUUGAGCUACUCAAACUGGAUGCCAACGUAGAUGCACCAACCAAGAAAGGAAACACAGCGCUGCACAUCGCCUCACUGGCUGGACAGGUGGAUGUGGUGAGAGAACUAGUGACAAAUGGAGCCACCGUCAAUGCACAGAGCCAGAAUGGCUUUACCCCACUGUACAUGGCAGCUCAGGAGAACCAUCUGGAUGUGGUGCGCUUCCUCUUGGAGAACAACUCUAGCCAGAGCAUCGCCACUGAGGAUGGUUUUACACCGCUAGCUGUAGCCCUGCAGCAGGGUCAUGACCAGGUGGUUUCUCUGUUGUUAGAGAAUGAUACAAAAGGUAAAGUCCGUCUGCCUGCGCUCCACAUUGCCGCCCGCAAGGACGACACCAAAUCUGCUGCUCUGCUCCUUCAGAAUGACCACAAUGCAGAUGUAGAGUCCAAGAUGAUGGUGAAUAGAACGACAGAGAGUGGUUUCACUCCUCUCCACAUUGCUGCCCACUAUGGAAACAUCAAUGUCGCCACACUGCUAUUAAACAGAGGAGCAGCAGUUGACUUCAUGGCAAGGAAUGACAUCACUCCGCUGCAUGUGGCGGCUAAGAGAGGGAAUGGAAACAUGGUGAAAUUGCUGCUGGACCGAGGAUCAAAGAUUGAGGCCAAGACCAAGGACGGUUUAACCCCUCUGCAUUGUGGAGCACGCAGUGGACACGAGCAGGUUGUUGAGAUGCUACUGGACAGGGGAGCCCCCAUCCUAUCCAAGACUAAAAACGGUCUAUCUCCACUGCACAUGGCGACCCAAGGGGAUCACCUGAACUGCGUCCAACUGCUUCUCCUGCACAAUGCCCCUGUGGAUGAUGUCACCAAUGAUUAUCUGACUGCGCUGCAUGUGGCUGCUCACUGUGGACAUUACAAAGUGGCCAAAGUCAUUGUGGAUAAGAAGGCCAACCCUAAUGUCAAAGCCCUGAAUGGUUUCACACCUCUUCAUAUUGCCUGUAAGAAGAAUCGAGUGAAGGUGAUGGAACUGCUGCUGAAAAAUGGGGCUUCACUGCAGGCAGUCACCGAGUCGGGGUUGACACCCAUCCACGUUGCUGCAUUUAUGGGUCAUGAGAACAUAGUAAAACAGCUCACGCAUCACGGAGCCUCACCCAACACCACCAACGUGAGAGGUGAAACGGCGAUGCACAUGGCAGCGAGGGCGGGCCAGGCUGAUGUUGUCAGAUAUCUGCUACAGAAUGGCGCUAAAGUGGACAUCAAAGCCAAGGAUGACCAAACGGCCCUACAUAUAGCUAGUCGUCUGGGAAAGUUGGAGAUUGUGCAGCAGUUGCUGCAGAAAGGGGCAUCACCUAGUGUUGCCACCACCUCCGGCUACACCCCUCUUCACCUAGCCGCACGCGAAGGUCAUCGGGAAAUAGCUGCUCUCCUGUUGGAGCAGGGAGCUUCCCUUUCUGCUGCAACCAAGAAAGGGUUCACUCCCCUGCAUGUGGCCGCUAAGUAUGGGCAGUUGGAAGUGGCCAAUCUUCUACUACAGAAGAAAGCUGCACCAGAUGCUGCAGGCAAGAGUGGUUUAACACCGCUGCAUGUGGCUGCUCACUUUGAUAAUCAGAGAUUGGCUUUGUUACUGCUGGACCAGGAAGCAUCUCCUCAUUCUGCAGCUAAGAAUGGUUAUACUCCACUCCACAUUGCGGCUAAGAAGAAUCAGUUGGAGAUUGGGACGAUGUUGCUGGAAUAUGGGGCGGAGUGUAACACAGUGACCCGUCAGGGCAUCAGCCCUUUGCAUCUCGCCGCACAGGAGGGCAGUGUUGACCUUGUGUCUCUACUGCUUAGCAAACACGCUAAUGUUAAUAUGGGCAAUAAGAAUGGUCUCACACCACUGCACCUGGCAGCACAGGAUGAUAGGAUGGGAGUGGCUGAAGUUCUGUUGAACCAUGGAGCUGAGAUUGAUGCCCAAACUAAGAGUGGAUACACUCCAUUGCACAUAGCAUGUCAUUAUGGCAACAUGAAGAUGGCCAACUUUCUGUUAGAGAAUCAGACCAGAGUCAAUGCCAAAACAAAUAAUGGUUACACUCCCCUUCACCAAGCAGCACAGCAAGGCCACACCCACAUCAUUAAUAUGCUGCUUCAAUAUAAAGCUUCGGCCAAUGAGCUCACAGCGAAUGGGAACACAGCUCUCUCCAUCGCUCGGCGACUGGGAUACAUCUCUGUAGUGGACACAUUAAGAGGAGUUACAGAUGAGAACCUCACUGCCACGCCUGUAAAUGAGAAACACAAGAUCAAUGUUCCGGAGACCAUGAACGAGUUCCUAGACAUGUCCGACGAUGAAGCUGUGAAAGAUCAUGAAGCCCAGAAUGAAGGGGAAGAAGGCGAGGAUGCCAUAAUCUGCGAGACUGAAAGGUAUCUUCGGCCACAGGACCUGAGGGAAUUGGGCGAUGACUCCCUGCCGCAGGAGGGCUACAUGGGAUUCAGUAUCGGAGCCCACUCUGCCAGUCUGCGCUCCUUCAGCUCAGACAGGUCCAACACUCUGAACAGAAACUCAUUCGCUCGGGACAGCAUGAUGAUUGAAGAGAUGAUGGCACCCACGAAAGACACGAGUGUAUUUAAAGAUAUUUCCUACAUGGUGAACCCCAAGAAUAAGCACCUCGCUGUCACUCGUGAAUACAACAGCGAGUGUGUGCGGCGAUACAGCUGGACCCCUGACACAGUGGACCACACACACAACACUGUGUGCAGUCCUGUGCACUCUGGCCCUUCCUCCCCGCUUCCUCAGUAUGACUCCAGGUUUCUGGUGAGUUUCAUGGUGGAUGCUCGGGGUGGGUCGAUGAGAGGAAGUCGUCAUGAUGGGAUGCGUAUAAUCAUUCCACCCAGGAAGUGCCCAGCACCAACACGGAUCACCUGCCGAUUGGCAAAGCGCCACCGCCUGGCGUACCCGCCACCUAUGGUGGAGGGGGAGGGCCUUGUUAGCAGGCUAGUGGAGGUGGGGCCAGCCGGGGCACAGUUUUUGGGGCCUGUGAUAGUAGAAAUCCCUCAUUUUGGCUCCAUGCGAGGAAAGGAGAGAGAGCUUAUCGUCCUACGCAGCGACAAUGGAGAGACCUGGAAAGAACAUCAUUAUGACUGUAAAUUAGCAGAGCUCACACCUAUCCUUAAUGGACUGGACGAGGAGCUGGACAGCCCAGCAGAGCUGGAGAAGAAACGUAUCUGCCGCAUUGUCACAAAAGAUUUCCCACAGUACUUUGCAGUGGUGUCUCGUAUCACACAAGAAAGUGAUCACAUGGGACCGGAGGGCGGAAUCUUGAGCAGUGAGGCAGUUCCCAUGGUGAAGGCUGCCUUUCCCCAGGGAGCGCUUACUAAGAAAAUUCGUGUUGGACUACAGGCACACCCAGUGCCAGAGGACAUGGUGUGGACAAUCAUUGGUAACAGAGCAUCCUUUAGUCCGAUUGUUACUGUAGAGCCCAGGAGAAGAAAAUUUCACAAGCCCAUCACCAUGACAAUACCUGUGCCACCCAGAUCCAAAGAGGCUGUUGCUAAUGGACGCAAAGGAGAACCUGCCCCCUGCCUUAGACUGCUUUGUAGCAUCACAGGUGGAACGUCCCCUGCCCAGUGGGAAGAUAUCACUGGUACCACUCCACUCUCCUUUGUAACAGACUGUGUGUCCUUUACCACAAAUGUGUCUGCCAGAUUUUGGUUGGCUGAUUGUCAGCAGAUCAGUGAGACGGUGGGUUUAGCAUCUCAGUUGUAUCGAGAGCUGAUCAGUGUUCCAUACCUGGCCAAGUUUGUGGUGUUUGCUAAAAUGAUCGACCCCGUUGAGUCCCGACUGCGUUGCUUCUGUAUGACUGAUGACAAAGCGGACAAAACUCUGGAGCAGCAGGAGAACUUUGAAGAGGUGGCCAGGAGCAAAGACAUUGAGAUUCUGGAGGGUAAGCCCAUUCAUGUAGAAUGCUAUGGCAACAUCUCUGCUCUGACAAAGAGUGGUCAGCAACUCAUCUUCAGCUUCUAUGCCUUCAAAGAGAACCGGCUCCCAUUCAACAUCAAGGUCAGAGACAUGGGCCAAGAACCUUGUGGGAGAAUCUCUUUCCUUCGAGAGCCCAAAACCACUAAAGGCCUACCACAGAGUGCAAUUUGCAACCUCAAUUUUUCACUGCCAACACACAGGAAGGAAAUGGAGUCGGAUCCUGAUGAUGAGAAUGACAAAGAUCGACGACAUACCUUUGCCUCAUUAGCAUUGCGAAGGCGCUACAGCUAUCUGGCCGACCCAGCAUCCAAAACAGCUGAAAGAGGCCAUAACACCACUCCAAAAACCACGGCGCAGCCUUCUGGCCAUGCUUACAAUCCUGUCCUUACGACGCGCUCCUACCAGGCCUGGGCAACAAGCUCUCCUGUCAAUGUGCCUGGCCUGGCCAAGUCUGGAUUUGGCUCCCUCUCCAGCUCCUCAUCUAAUACCCCCUCAGCCUCCCCACUGAGGUCGGUGUGGUCUGUGAAUUCCAUUUCUCCUAUCAAAUCCAUCAUUGGAGGUUCACUAGCAUCUUCCAUCAAAUCUACCAGCGACGUUGCAUCACCAAUUCGAUCUUACAGAACCAUCUCCUCACCAAUAAAGACUGUGGUUCAAGGUGCCCAGUACCCAGUCCAGGCCUCUCCUACCCUUCUGUCCUGUCCAGGGAAAAGUGCCACUGAUUCAGUUAAAGGCCUGGCAGGCCUGUCAGCCAGGACCUCUCCAGUACCAUCUGGAGGGACCUUGCUGGAAAGAUCGUCCAUUGCUAUAACCCCUCCAGCCUCACCCAAGUCUUCUCUAAACAUGUACAGCUCAAAUUUGCCCUAUAAAUCUGUUUCAACAUCAAACCCUCCAGCAACCAGCUCCCCCAUUAAAACUGUCCCAGGCUUCUCCUCUAUUAGAACCAGUGCUGAUGCUUCUUGCUCUGCUAAAGGAUUCCUGUCAUCUCUCUCCUCACCAUUGAAAUCUGCCUCAGCCACUACGGCAGCUGCGCUGAUCAAUGGAACUGCUUCCCCGAACAAAUAUCGCUCCUCCUCACCUACAACUCAUCUUUCUAGCACACUGCAGGAAAGAAUUCAAUCCACAACAAAUGCAGCAACAACAAGUGUGAAUGCUGCCUUUGAUGAAGUAGAAAAAACAUUUAAUUCCUGCUCAGCUGGCUAUGGCACUCUGAAGUCAAUGUCCUCCACUCCCUCAUCCUCUUACCAGUCUAUCCGUUCCUCUGCAUCCAGCUCAUUGUAUGCCUCCCUCAGAUCUCCCCCCAACUCUACCACUUCAGUCACUUCCAGCACAAUAACAGUACCUGUCUAUUCCAUUAUAAAUGUCUUACCAGAACACCAGUUUAAAAAGCUCCCUGAAGUCUCUAAGUCAACAGCUGCUCUCCUUUCCCCAAGAAAGGCCAUGCCCCAAGAGUUUAAUGCCCAGACACAGUGCUCUUUUGCCAGAAAUCUGUCCCCUGUGAAAACUCCCUUGUACAUGUCCCCAGCAAUGCUAAAAUCAGCCACCUCUUCAACAACUCUGUCUAACAGCCAGGAGAUACUGAAAGAUGUGGCUGAAAUGAAGGAAGACUUAAUCAGAAUGUCUGCCCUUUUGCAAACUGAUACAAAUUCAACCUCUAAAGGUUAUCAGUCUGACUCUAAAGAACAUAAAGUGGAGGAUGAGGAGCCUUACAAGAUUGUGGAGAAAGUCAAACAAGAUCUAGUCAAAGUCAGUGAAAUUCUUAGCAAGGAUGUUUUGAGAGAGAGUGAGGCAAACAUUAAAAACAGCAAGAUAGAAGAUGUCCUGGAGAAUGACAUUGAUGAUAAUCCACAAAAUGAAUGGAGGUGCCCCCCUCGAUAUGAAACAUUAGCCCCUCAAAUCAAAACAAAAUCAGUUUCUGACAGAGAUUUUAACCUUGCAAAAGUUGUUGACUACCUAACCAAUGACAUUGGCACAAGCUCUCUUUCAAAAAUAGCAGAGGCUAAACAAAGGACGGAAGAAGCAAGAAAAGAAGGAGAGGAGAAAAAAAAACGGGUCCUAAAACCUGCAAUAGCUUUACAGGAACACAAGCUCAAAAUGCCUCCAAUGAAUAUGCGUCCCUCUCCUUCAGAUAAAGAACUUUCAAAGCUAGCUGAUGCAUUGUUUGGCCCUGAAAUAGCACUGGACUCUCCAGAUGAUGUUUCCCAUGACCAAGACAAGAGUCCACUCUCAGACAGUGGGUUUGAGACUCGUAGUGAGAGAACUCCUUCGGCCCCCCAAAGUGCAGAAGGUAUGGGCCCUAAAGGCCUCUUUCAGGAGAUUCCCCCAGUCAUCACUGAAACACGCACUGAGGUUGUACAUGUUAUACGAAGCUAUGAGCCUUCAGAUGAUCCUAAGGAGCCAGUAUUGGAGGAGCCUAAAAUGUCAAAACCUCUGUGGGGUGCUGAUGCUGAGCCCCGGUCACCAGGCGGGUCUAUUAAGGAAAGAGUGAAAGCUUACCAAGCUAGAGUCAAUGCAGAGGAUGAUGUGAUGGGGAAAGGAAUGCGUGUCAAAGAGGAAACUCACAUAACAACAACCACAAGAAUGGUAUACCACAAACCUCCUGCUAAAGCGGCUGGACCUGAAAGGAUGGAGGAGACCAUGUCUGUACGAGACAUAAUGAAGGCCUUUCAGUCUGGGAAGGAUCCAUCCAGGGAUUUAACAGGCUUGUUUGAGCACAAAAGAGGCAAUGAAGGGACAGAGCCUUCUCUUAGGCCUGUAGACCCAAUGCCAAAAGUUGAGCGCAUCAUUGAGGUUCACAUUGAGAAAGGCAAUAAAACUGAACCAACUGAAGUAAUUAUCAGGGAAACAAAAAAUCAUCCAGAGAAAGAAAUGUACAUAUAUGAAGGCAACAGUGGCAUAAAAGAACUACAAAAUAGGAUCGGCAAUGAGCAACACGACAACAUAGAAACUGAGGAAUCACUUCCUUGUUAUCUGGACUCCAGAGUCUCUUUGAUGGAUGAUAAGACCCUGAAAUUGCUUAGUCAACAGUCAGUUGAGUAUCAUGAUGAUGAGUCAUCUGAAACAAGGGGAGAGUUGUGCAAAUUUGCGGAGAAAAUGCUCUUCUCCGAACAAUUUGACUCAUCCCAUUCAGAUUCAGAUGAAUCUGUGAUUGACAGGUCUCGUUACUAUGGUGAGGGAACACAAGGUGGCUCAAUUAGAGAAUUUAUGUUAAAACCUGAUAGGUCAGGUAGGUCAUCAGAAGAUGAAAAUUAUGACAAACUCACUCUAUUGCAGUAUGCCUCUGAUCCUGAUAGUCCAAAAAAGUCUAUCUGGAUGAAAGUUUCUGAAGACAGACAGAGUAAAAACAGGGAGAAGCAUAAAUAUGAGGACAGAGUAGAUAGAACUGUAAAAGAGGCUGAGGAAAAACUAAGUGAAGUCUCUCAGUUCUUUCGUGAUAAAACUGAGAAACUGAAUGAUGAGCUUCAGUCCCCUGAGAAGAAGCAUCACAGGCAAGAUGCAAGAGAGACUCGUUCUGGGCCUAGCUCAACUUGCAGUAGCCCAGAGAGGUCAGUGCACAAGAAUGGAGGGACUGGAGAGGACUGGAGCAGAGGCAGGUUUAGGGAUAAGUAUGGUUCUCAUGACAGAAAAUGUGCCAGCCUACCAAGCAGCCCUGAAAGGCGGGUUUUGCUUCAAUACAGUGAUGACCAAAAAAAGGGGGACUGCUCAUCCGGAAGCAGUGCAAGUGAAUCCUCUAAAUAUUUCCAACCUUCAACAUCUAAGGUUAGCUCAGUCAGAAUGAAAUUUGAAUCAGAGGCCCAGAAGCAAGAUAAAGGUAGUCAAUGGGGUCAAACGUCAGGAUCCCCAGUGAGAAAGCUGCAGGAAAGUAAACUGCCGGUUUAUCAAGUUUUUGCUGGAGGGAAUCUCCCUAAGUCAACAGAGUCAUCUGAAAGUGAGAGAAGCCCUAAGAAAAAUGGUGACAGUGGGCACAGUUACAAUGUUCGAAAUGCUCAAUCCUUUGCCCAAAUCCAGCACGGUGACAGACAGAAAAAUAGGUCAGAUAGCUCUUCACCAAAACAUCACCAAAAUGUAUAUAGCAAAGAAGAAGUUGUCAGUGAAGACAGGAAAAUAGUAAAAACCCGGGAAAAUCAUGGCAAUGGGGAACUAAAACCUCAAAAAACAAAGCUGACCCAUUCCCUAGAGCAUGAUAAGCAAAAGGAUGACUCACAGAAUGAGCAACACUCAUUCAGAGAUGGAAACACCUCAAAGGAAGAAACUACUAAAAAUAUAAUUUACACAGAGCUGGUAAUUCAAGAAAAAUCUAGUAAUACUGAAAAAAGCAAUGGGGCUCUAAAAAAAAACUUGGAAUCACAAAUUCCUGUUAGGGUCUCAUCUAGUUUUAUAGACCAUCAUCAAAAUAACACUUUAAAUGUAGAUUAUUCCAUAAAAUCUGAAAAAACAGGGUCUCGCUUAGGCAGAAAUACAAAAACUAUUUAUGGUGCUAACAAAUCUCCUAGUGAUGUAUCCACAGUAAAGAACUCAGAUUCUAACAGGCAGAUUGUUAAUUUAGUGUGUAAUGGUGUUGAUGCUAACCAAGUUAAUUAUAUUGAACAAGUGACCCCAGGUGUCACUGCAAACAUUAAACCUCUCCCAGUUUAUGUCAGCAUUCAAGUAGGUAAACAGUAUGAGAAAGAGACUGCUACUGGGCAACUGAGCACUUACAGGAAAGUAGUAAGCCAUGAGAGUCGGACAGUACAUGACACACGUGGAUCAUUCUAUACUAUCAAACAGAAACCAUCCCCACAGGGCAGCCCUGAAGAUGACUCACUAGAGCAGGCAACGUUUAUGGACAGUUCAGGAAAAAGUCAGGUAACACCUGAGACGCCUACCUCUGAGGAGAUUAGCAACAACCUGAAUUCCAGAGCUCCUGACUUCAUCAUUGGUUCCAUGACUGGAAUGCCUAGCCAAAUCUCAGAGGAGUCAGAGGAAGAAGAGCAGCCUAAAACAUUCAUUUUCAAGGAAUUACCAGCAGAUAAAGCCAAAUCCAUCACCCAAUCAUCAGAGCCUUCAAAAAGAAAACAAGACUCAUAUGGAAAAAGGUCAAAAGACAAGCGCAUAGCUUACAUUGAGUUCCCACCACCACCACCUUUAGAAAGAGAACAAGCUAGCUUUGAAGAGAGGGGGUCAUGCGCUUCCUCUGAAGCGGAAACCGAGAUGAUGGAGGUAAACCUCCAAGAGGAGCAUGACAGGCAUUUCCUUGCGGAGCCAGUAAUCAGAGUCCAGCCUCCCUCCCCUCUCCCUCCUGGAGUUGACAACAGUGACUCUAGUGAUGAUGAAUCUGUUUUUCAGCCUGCCCCCCUCAAAAAAUACACCUUCAAAAUGACUGAGGAGUGCGAGAAACAUGUCAAGCCUAGAAAACCAGAGCGAAACAGCUCACACCAGGAGUCAGGCAUCAAUGAUAUUUUAAAAGGAGAGGAGGUAGAAUGUGAACAGAAUGGAAAUGAUCAGUCUAUCACUGAUUGUUCUAUAGCAACAACUGCUGAAUUUUCACAUGAUACAGAUGCUACUGAGAUAGAUUCUCUUGAUGGGUAUGACCUACAAGAUGAAGAAGAUGGGCUGAGUGACCCUAAAACAUCAAGCCUAUCAAAUGAGGGAAAAGCAGGUGAUCGUUCCUUUAGCCAGCGCAAACUUGAAGUGAUUGAAGAGGAGAGCACUCAAAAUGAGGAAUCAGGGGAAAAGGGAAAAACUAAAAGAUCAUCUGGGAAAAAAUUAGACAAUGGAAAAGAUCAGGAAAAAAAUUAUUCAUUGGAGGGAAGACACCCUGAUAGACAAGUUUUUACAGAAAAUUAUUUUAACUGCCAAUUAGAGGAGGACAUAAACACUACCUUUAAAACUGUGGCCACUAAAGGCUUAGAUUUUGAUCCGUGGUCUGGUAAAGUGGGAGAGGAGGGAACGUUUGAGGCUAAAAACAAAGAUGAAGAUCCAAAACCGUGUGCUUUGUCAGUGGAUGACAAAUCACAAGCAACCACACCGGAUACCACUCCAGCAAGAACCCCAACAGAUGAGAGUACCCCAACUAGUGAGCCCAACCCUUUCCCCUUCCACGAGGGCAAGAUGUUUGAGAUGACCCGCAGUGGUGCUAUUGACAUGAGCAAGAGGGACUUUGUUGAAGAGAGACUUCAGUUUUUCCAGAUUGGUGAGCAUACUUCAGAUGGGCAGUCAGGGGACAAGGGGAAAGGGAGCAGGAAUGCAGGGGUAGUUGCCUCUCACUCAAAGGCAGGGGAAAGAGCUGUAGAGGGGAAGGUAGAGGCAACCACAGACAUAACACCAUCCAGAGGCUGCACAGCCCAGGGCAGCACUGAUUGCCUGGACGCACCUCCAUCCGCUGACACCACCUCAUGCACUGUCACAACCUCCAAGGUCGACCCCAAAUUACGCACCCCCAUUAAGAUGGGCAUCGCUGCUUCCAUUACUAUAAAGAAAGACACUGGCUCAGCUGAACUGACUGAUGUUAAGGCUGAGUCCUCAGACAGUCAGAUGGUGGAUUACAUUAGCAUGGAGUCACAAUUAGCAGAGAGUCACUUUAAUAAUAGGUGCACUGACACUUCCCCAACUGGCAGGAAAGAUUACCCCUCAGAAAACUGCAAUAACAACAAUAAUUUAGAGUCAUCUAAUGUCCAGGCCAACUACAUCCAGUGUGGUAGUGUAGUAUUCAAUUUGCAAUCAUCCUCUGAACCCACUUUACAGAAAGCUAGUAGAAUAGAGGCUCAGUUCUGUAAGGAGUCCGUUGAGAGAGCAGAUAAAUGUAGAACUCAGAAUCAUCAGAGUAAAGUGGUCUUAGAGAACAGGCAGCUCAAGUCCAGGCUCCCAGUCAAGGCAACAGGGUUCAGUUUUAACACACACAAUUCAGGAAAGCAGAAACCUAAGCAGGUUGUGAGGCCAGAGGCAAGGAAAGUGGAUCUUACUCCCAUAGCGACUGAGCCCAAAUCUAGGAUUCCCAUAAAGGAUGUCAAAAAGAAUGGUGCAGGAAUCUCAGCUGUUACAGCUCAGGUAGUUCCAAGGUCAAGUAAGCCCAUCGAGUCAGAGAGAUCAGUCAGACCAGUAGUUCCCUCAAGGCUGCCAUUCAAAGACAGGGCAUCUAGUGGUUCAGAGGCAGGUAGAACCAACCUUAGUGAAGUGUGUAGGCAGUCUAUUGAGUUCUUAAAGAAUGUUAGCGGUGAAGCAAUAAAGGUGGCUGAACGACUUUCAGAUGAGGAGAAACAGACGCAGGGAGAGCAGUCGGAGGAGGACAGCAGCACAUCACGAAGCACCUCAAUAUCGGACCCCUCUCAGUCCCAGCCCUCCCUCUCCACUGGCUCCUCCCGAGGGGUCACACCCUCUAGGAUAAAGGUCACAAGGGUGGCGGGCAGUGAGAGACGGAGGAGUAGGCGGACUGGAGGAGGGAAGGAGUGCAGUAAGAAUGAAGGGGCCCGCAGAUCGCCCCCCGUCGCGGAGAUCAAACCUAGUCCACAGAGUCCCUGUGAGAGAACAGACCUUCGCAUGGCCAUCGUGGCUGAUCACCUGGGACUGAGCUGGACAGAGCUUGCUCGGGAGAUGAAUUUUUCUGUGGAUGAGAUAAACCACAUUCGCACAGAGAACCCAAAUUCUCUCACAGCCCAGAGCUUUAUGCUCCUCAAGAAGUGGGUCGGUCGGGAUGGGAAAAACGCCACGACGGAUGCACUGACGGUGGUCUUGACUAAAGUGAACAGGAUGGAUAUUGUGACACUGCUGGAAGGGCCCAUAUUUGACUAUGGUAACAUUUCAGGCACCAGAAGUUUUGCAGAUGAUAGCGCUGUGUACCAGGAAAAGGCGGAUGGUUACCACAACACCCUGGCUCAACUGCAGUCAACUACCAACCCCACCCCCACCAAACCCCCUACCUGUCCUUCUAUGUCUGUUGACCUCAAACCCAUCCUAGAUCUGCCCCUUUACCCUCCCCCUUAUUGCCCUUCCUGGGGGCUAGAACAGAAUAGCAAGGAAGAGUCUGUCAGAAUCACCCAAUCCAGACCCUGUGACUUACCCCUGUCGCAACCCAUAAACAACCCUAACAUUCACUCUGAAACAUUUGUAGAAAUACACACAUACUCUGAGACCUACACUCAACCACACUCAAUCUCUGAGAUUUUAUCUGAUCCUCACUCACACUCUCAGCUCCCUCAUGACAACCAUAAACACGCAACUAAACUCUCAGCUGACACACAUACACUCGCCCAGGUUUAUCCACUGCCCCCUUCUCCAACAAACCCUGCUGAACCUCUUUGUAACCCCACAGCCCCUAUGCCACCCCAGUCUUCCGCAAACACAGCCCCAUCUCUAAUCAAGCAGGACCACCAAAUACAGGGCUACCAGGGGUUACAAGACAAGGAACCGAGAGAAGAAAAUGAGGUGGGGAAAGAGAAAAUAGAAUCUUUUCACUCCCAACAUAACGCAUCCCUUCCAGUGGAACGAAGUGACUUAACACACAUGGAAAAAGAAGAGAGCAAGAAUCCAUCAUCAUCAUUAAUACCAUCACCAUUAGAAGAAGCUGAGGUUAAUAUGAGAGGACAGGAGAGAAUGUUCUUAAAGGAGGUCCAAGGUCAUGAUAAGUGUAAUCUCCUUUUGCGACCCUGGGCAGAGGUCUUGAGGGAAUCUGGCUCAGGAGGAGAGGAUGAGGAGGAAUGUGAGAAGAGACAGGAGCAACUGGAGUUGUCAGGAGGCAACAUCAGAGAGAGUGAGAGGGAAGUGAAUGAGAAAAUAAUUUUGGAGAAAGGUAGUGAGAUAGUAAGAGGUGUUGAACAAAUUGAGUCUGAGUUGUGCUCGCUCUCCACAGGCUGGCUCAUUGAGACCGCCAACAGUAAUGUAGAACCGCCCACUUCAGGGCGGAGUCUCAGCUCUGACCACAUGGACAGACAUGACAACAGUCAAGAGAACUCCAGUGACUCUUCGGGAAGACCUCGACAAAAUGGUGAGCACUCCGGCACUAUACCCUACAGCUCAGUGUCUCAGGAAUCAGCCAAUGGAGUGAUGGCAAGGGUGGGAAAACAAGAUGGAGCUCUGAUUUUUGAGCACAAAGUCCAGCAGCAUUCAUCAACAGAGAGCGGCCUGGAUGAAGAGCGCACUGUCACCACCAAAGUGUUCCGUAGACGACUCAUUCUCAAGGGAGAGGAGGCACGAAACAUUCCUGGCGAGUCAGUUUCGGAGGAAAAGUUUAUUGAUGAGGAUGGAAACAUCAUCACCAGAAAAGUCAUUCGAAAGGUGAUUUGCCGUGUGGACACGCCUACUCCAGAAUACCAGGGCUUGGGGAGUGGCACAGGGUCACAGGGAGAUCCUGAUUACCCUUUAAGUGCUGCCACUCCGGAGAAGAGCCACGACCCCCUAGUCCCUGACAUCCAAAUCCACCCUGCUGCACAUGCUGAGGGAGAAGUUUCCAAGGUGAGGAAAAAGGAAGAAAAGAGAUCAUCAGAGAGAAAGCAUCGUUCAUAGACUUAGCCUCACAAUUACAGCCAGGUUUGCAGGUAUAUUUUUGAACUGUGUCCUGAGGGGCAGGGCCACAAGAGCUAAACAGAGACAUCUGGCCCCAAAAAGCCAUCUACAGCUUCCACUCUGAAACGCAUGGUCUUCAAAAAGACAAAACUUUGACCUACCAGCUUGCGCAUGAGCAUGCAUCUCACUCUCUGCGGACACACUUCCUGUUCCAAGGGGGUUUUGUUGAAUUCGAUUCUACUUCCUGUUUGAGCUGGGUCCUGGUGAAUUCUAUUCUUCUUCCUGUCUGUUUUGGCUCCCAUGUAAUUCUACUUUCUGUUUCUGGGGACCUAUGAGGUUACACUUCAUUCUUCUAGAGCAUUACAACCUGUGCUGAUGUGGACCAACAGGAAAUCUGACACUUUUGUGCCAUUAAUAUCAGAUGAAUAUAAGGGCAGUUUUAAAAUAUCCCUUAAACUCAACACAACAGUAAUAUACACUCAAAUUUCUCUGUGACCAAAGAUGGCACGAAAGCUCUAGGAGGGGAAAAAAUAUUUGCCUUACACAUUACCGUGGACCCAUGACAUCAGGAUAAGGAUCCCUGUGUUUUGUUUUUUUGUUUAUAAAGCAAAAAUAAAAUAUGUGGUGGACUUUUCUGUACAUAAAUUACAUUAUACAAUUUAGCAGUUAGGUUUGGAAAGAGCACUGCAAAAAUACACUUUACAAGUGCUUUCAACAUUUUAAAGACAGUUUGAGUGCAGCUUCACAUGCUUUGUAUAGUUAAUUAUUAUAGCAGGUAUGUUUGUAUAUGAACGAAGUUAGUUCCGUUUUCAGGUGACAUUUCCUGCCUUGAAAUCCUCUGCGAAUUACAGCGAUUCCCAAAAUGGGAAUUUAUUAAGUUCUGUGAAAAUGUCUUUCAGAGGACUAAUAUUUUGAUGCAUGUAGUUCACCUUAUUUUAGGAUCCUUUUUUCUAUGUUUGCAAAACACUGUAUUUAAAUACAAAUAAGGAAAUACUUUUUCUUGCGUACACAUACAACCCUAACAUUUCUCACCUUUUUAUACUCCAAAAUGUUACCCUAAAAGCAUCCAUAAUGUAGAAAUGAUUAAGUGUGAAAAGCUCUUAAUGGAUUGCUUCCUUAGGAGUUCAAUGUAGUGUCUGUUAUCCUUCGUGUGGAACAGCGUCUGCUAGCCUGAGUGCUGCAAGUAAGAGCUGUUCAGAAUAAUCAGCCUCUUUGUUCAACUUUCACUAUAUCAUGUGUAUUGGCUGUACAGCGUAGAGAUCUGUCUCUGUCUUAAGGCUAUUUGUAAUCAUUAUUAAAAUGUCUUCAUAUAUUUGCCCUUGUUUUAUUUUGAUUGCUGGGGUUUUAAAAUACAAUUUUGGCAUUUUGUUUCAGGUUAGGUGAAUAUUUAAUAUUUUCAUCUGGAGUCACACAUACUUGUAUGGGUCGUCUUUAGACCUUUAUUGUGAAAUGAUUGGCUUAUAUAUUACAAAUGACACCCAAUAGAUGAACAUUACAAUUUUUAGUAUUACAAGAAAAUUGUUCCAAUUAUAAAACUGUGAUAUAUUUUAGACCAGAGAGUCAAUGUGUUGCAGCGUUCUGCAUCGGUUUUGAUAAUAUAGAAUAUUUCUUUAGAGAUUGUUUGUUUUGUUUUCUUUUAAUAGUGUUAGUCUUUUUAGCUCGUGGUAUGUUUGGUGUGAAAUAUACUUUAGUGUGCUGAACUUUGCUAUGGACAUAAGAUCUGAAAGACUUUAUAAGAAAACUAGGUCAUGGUGGGGUGUGGUUCUGCUUCCCUGUUACAAGUCAAUCAAACUGUGGGAGGGGCCUGGCAUGGUCCAAUCAGUUGAUUUUGUUUGAUAUAAUUGUUAUCACCUGAGCAACAUUUUUUAUGUACAAUUCUUACAAGUGAAGCCAUUUAAAUGUAACUAUAAUAGCACUUUGGUUAUUGGAGGUCUUCUCUUUUAGAAACUAGCAGCUAUGAUGCCACCAUAAUGUUUCAAAUGUCUGACAAAUAUCUGAUUUAAAAAUGAAAUAAACGCAUUGAUUUUGCAAACCUAUUACAUUUUUUUCUUUUUUUUUUUAUUCACAUCAAAUUGAAAUGGUGUAUUAUCCUUUUUUUACUGCAUAAUAAUCGUUUAAUAAAAUGUUUCCAGAUGCCAUGG